AUGAACUGGAGUGACGGAGCUAACUUUUAUCUGCUCAAGACCGUGAGCACUUAUGGUAAAGACUGGAGUCUCGUCUGCAGUGCUCUCUCAGUUAUUGCCAAUACGUUUCUUCGACAUGAAAAAUUGAAGGAUUUUUCUGACAAGGUGAGAAAGUUAUUUUCUUUCAGAACUGAACGUGAGGAAAACCGAAAGCUUCUUGCUGGCCGCUUUUCUGAAAUCGCUCCAGAGAGUAUUCUUGCGUACAGGAAACGUUUGAGGGCCUUCUGUUUGCAGGAUGUGAUCGCAGACACUCUCCAUCUCGAUCCAUUACCGGCAGAUCCUGAGGAAGAUAAGGUGGUACGCCGAACUCUCCAGUAUGCUGAUCUACCCGACAGUGGAUUUUGUCAAGCUAUGGUAGACGAAGGCGGUGGACUAUGGAUACCAGUUGGUUCUAAUGAGAUGCUGCGCAAUUUUUUUGAGGUCGGUGGAACUGCAUCUGUGAUUGACGGUGGUGAGGAAAAUGAAUUUGAUGAGGGGGACGAAAUUUCGCCUCCAGUCUCCCCUUGUAAAACCCCAAAGUUAGAGUUAUCUCAGACCCCACAAUAUGGUGUCUUGGAGACUGCGAUUCCCCCCACGAACUUAGCCACCCACCGACCUCCCACGGGGGCUACCAAUAGGUCUCUAUCUGUUACGGGAGAGAGUGUUUGCGUUUCAAAGAGACCCUCUGCACCUUUACUUCCCUCUCCAGUGAGCUCUAGCGCGCCUGACCGUUCGGAAAACUUUCAACUCUCCACCAGCAGGACUUUUCAAAAGCGUUGGGGAGUUCUGAAGACGGAAAAUCACCUAUCGCAUCUGAGGACGCACGGAAGGUCAAAGCAUCGUUCUCAACAAACCACAGAUACAUUACUUGCGCAUCCAGCCUCGGCAAUUUCACUCUCACCUGCCCAGUUGGCUCCUCGCCGUCGUUGGCGUCGUGGUUUGUUGUCAGCACUAACUACUGUGUGUAGUCAUCGCCACGCUCACAUCUUCUUGCAUCCAGUGACCGACGAGAUCGCGCCUGGCUACUCGGGUAUGAUCUACUCACCGGUUGAUCUCACCGGUCUGCGAAGAUGUGUGGAGUCCAGCCUGGCCCCCCUCACUACAGGGGGCGAAGAAACUAUGUCAAAUGCACAAAUGGUUGUCGCCCAGACAGCGAAACAGUUUCUCCGGGACCUGCUUCUUAUGUUUGCCAAUGCCAGGAUGUACAACAACCGGGAACACAGUGUUCAUCGCAUGGCUGGGGAGAUGUGCGCUGAUGUUUUAGCUGAAGUAAGUACUUUAUUUAGCCUUGCGUCCGCUGUGGACCCUAUGGUCAGAGGAUAUAUCAGAUUUGCCGCCCCUCCCUGGAAGUCCAGAGGCGCUCAGCGGCUUGUCCUCGAUGCUCAGAAGGCGCUCCACAACGCCAGCCUCAGCAUCCAACGCCCCGGCAAGCACUCAUGGUCUCGCUGCAGCCCCAUUGCCUUCGGCACCGUUUCACACACAGCAAUAGGGAUGCAUAGAUUGUGCCGUUGA